CAAUGUCUCGUAAACUUGGAAAUUCAAAUCCUCGUUGCGAAAGGCAAACUUAACCGAUUGUUGCCAUUGAACCUAGCUGAUAAACCAUAAUAAAGGUCGCUGUGCUGUUUCAUUUGAAAAUUCAAAAUAAUUACGCAAGUCUUAGACAGUCUUAGUGCUCCUUAGUUUCGUGUUUCGUGCCGGCAGCCGUGUCGUGUGGACGUGUGAAUAGCGUUCUAUUAUCUUUAUCGUUUCCUCGUAUUCAAUAAAUAUAAAAAGAUUUAGAGCCGAGACGCCGAAGUACGACACAAAAAAACGAAACAUAAAAAAAAUAUCGAAAGAAUAUAAUAUAUCUACGUCUAGUCAAACCAUUCACAAUAUAAUUGAAACCUUGUAAACGAAAAAAAAAAAAAAAAAAAAAAACGUAACGAAUCACUAAAAUGAAAUAAACUGUGUUAUUAGGAUAUUAAAUAGAAUUAUUAAGUUUGUACUUAUUUAGUUUAUCAAUUAAUAAGUUCACUAGUAUAAAUAAAAAUGCAAAUACUAAAGGCAAGAUUCGCGUUACGCGCCACAGCGUCGCAAUUCCAGGCAUGGAGCUCGGCCAAAACUCGGACAGCUGCUACGGACUCGAAGAUAGUGGAAUACAAACCAAUCAGAAGCGUUCUUGUUGCGAAUCGCGGCGAAAUCGCCAUACGUGUGUUCCGAGCUUGCACGGAACUAGGCAUCCGUUCUGUGGCUAUUUACAGCGAACAAGACAAACUGCAAAUGCACAGACAAAAAGCCGACGAAUCGUAUAUAGUCGGAAAAGGUCUGCCACCAGUCGAGGCCUACCUCAGCAUCCCGGAGAUCAUCAGGGUUGCGAAGGAGAACGACGUUGACGCCGUACAUCCCGGCUACGGUCUUUUAUCUGAAAGGGCCGAUUUCGCCCAGGCCAUCAUUAAUGCCGGUCUGCGGUUCAUCGGGCCCUCGCCGAAGGUCGUGCAGCAGAUGGGAGACAAAGUAGCCGCCAGAAAAGCUGCCAUCGAAGCAAAGGUGCCGAUUGUUCCCGGAACCGAUGGUCCGGUCACAACGAAAGAGGAGGCUGUGGAGUUCUGCAAAAGUCACGGUCUUCCGGUUAUCUUAAAGGCUGCGUACGGAGGCGGCGGUCGUGGUAUGAGGGUGGUCCGUAAGAUGGAAGAAGUGCCUUCGGCUUUCGAACGAGCUUCUUCAGAAGCUCUCGGCGCUUUCGGCAACGGUUCCAUGUUUAUCGAACGAUUCAUCGAACGACCCCGGCACAUCGAAGUGCAGUUGUUGGGCGACAAAGCCGGCAACGUUGUGCAUUUAUACGAACGGGAUUGUUCAGUACAGAGGAGACAUCAGAAAGUCGUCGAAAUUGCUCCUGCACCGAAACUGGACCCUAAGAUUCGUCAGAAAAUGGUCGAGUGCGCCACACAUCUGGCGCGGCACGUCGGCUACGAGAACGCCGGCACGGUCGAGUUCCUGCUCGACGACAAGGGGAACUUCUACUUCAUCGAGGUCAACGCCAGAUUGCAAGUAGAGCAUACCAUAACAGAAGAAGUCACAGGUAUCGACCUAGUACAGUCACAGAUACGUAUCGCCGAGGGGAUGACCCUGCCCGAACUAGGGUUGACGCAGGAUAAAAUACAAGCACAGGGAUACGCGAUACAAUGUCGUGUUACUACCGAAGAUCCGGCCAAUAACUUCCAGCCCAGUACGGGCAGGAUCGAGGUGUUCAGAUCCGGUGAAGGGAUGGGAAUCCGUCUCGACUCAGCCUCCACGUACGCCGGCGCCGUCAUCUCUCCGUACUACGACUCUUUACUUGUCAAAGUGAUCUCUCACGCUCACGACCUACCCUCGUCGGCGGCCAAAAUGAAUAGAGCCCUCCGCGAGUUCCGCAUCCGAGGCGUCAAGACCAACAUCCCCUUCUUACUCAACGUGCUCGAGAACCAGAAAUUCCUAAACGGUUCGGUCGACACGUACUUCAUAGACGAAAAUCCGCAACUGUUCAUGUUUAAAGCCUCACAGAACAGAGCGCAGAAGAUCCUCAACUAUCUUGGCUAUGUGCUGGUCAACGGGCCGGCCACUCCUCUUGCCACCAAAAUACCCCCAUCUGACGUCAAGCCCUACAUACCUCAAGUGCCGCUGGGUCGAAUUGAAAAACGUCACUCUGGUCUUCCUAAAGUCAAUGCUAAUGUUAAAAACAAAAAGUCUAGCAGCACUCAUACCACAAUGCAUAAAUCUGCCGUCCAACCGCCGAAGGGCUACAAACAAAUACUCGACGAGGGUGGCCCCGAGGCCUUCGCCAAAGCGGUCCGGCAGCACAAGGGUCUACUCCUGAUGGACACGACGUUCCGGGACGCGCACCAGUCGCUGCUGGCCACCAGGGUGCGGACCCACGACCUGCUCGCCGUCUCGCCCUACGUAGCGCACAACUUCAACAACCUGUACUCGCUCGAGAACUGGGGAGGAGCUACAUUCGACGUGGCCUUGAGAUUCCUCCACGAGUGUCCGUGGGAGCGUCUCCACGACAUGAGGCAGCUGAUCCCGAACAUUCCGUUCCAGAUGUUGCUCCGCGGCGCCAACGCGGUCGGUUACACCAACUAUCCCGACAACGUUGUUUUCAAGUUCUGCGACAUGGCCGUCCAAGCAGGAAUGGACAUCUUCCGAGUUUUCGAUUCGCUGAACUACCUGCCGAACUUGGUACUGGGCAUGGAGGCAGCCGCGAAGGCAGGCGGAGUCGUCGAGGCCGCCAUCUCAUACACGGGCGACGUUUCGGACCCCAGCAAAACUAAAUACGACCUGAAGUAUUACACGAAGCUGGCCGACGAUCUGGUGAAGGCCGGAACUCACGUGCUCGCUAUCAAAGACAUGGCCGGACUGCUGAAGCCCCAGGCUGCGAAGUUGCUGAUAGGCGCCAUCCGCGCGGCGCACCCGCACGUCCCGCUGCACGUGCACACGCACGACACGAGCGGCGCGGGCGUGGCCGCCAUGCUGGCGUGCGCGGAGGCGGGCGCGGACGUGGUGGACGUCGCCGUGGACUCCGUGUCCGGACUCACCUCGCAGCCCAGCAUGGGCGCUCUGGUGGCUUCCUUGCAGGGCACCCCCUUGGACACUAAGAUACCGCUACAAAAGGUGUCAGAGUACUCAGCCUAUUGGGAGCAAGCUCGUACCCUAUACGGACCCUUCGAAUGUACGGCCACAAUGAAAUCUGGCAACGCUGAUGUGUACCUCAAUGAGAUCCCCGGAGGACAGUACACCAAUCUACAAUUCCAAGCUUUCUCCUUAGGACUGGGAAGCCAAUUCGAAGAGGUCAAGAAAGCUUACAGAGAAGCAAAUCUCCUCUUGGGUGAUAUAAUCAAAGUUACUCCAUCGUCGAAGGUCGUGGGAGAUCUUGCACAGUUCAUGGUACAGAACAAGCUGACGGCUGCCGAUAUCAACGCUAGAGCUGAGGAGCUCUCCUUCCCGAAGUCGGUGGUGGAGUACCUGCAGGGAGCCAUCGGGAUACCGUAUGGAGGAUUCCCUGAACCAUUGAGGUCGAAAGUUCUGAAAGACAUGCCGAGAAUCGAAGGACGUCCCGGAAAAGAGUUGCCUUCUCUGAACUUCGAUAAACUAAAGGGUGAACUGAAAGAAUCUUUCCCAGACAUAAACGACGAGGACGUGAUGUCGGCGGCGAUGUACCCGCAGGUCGCGAGCGACUUCUUCCGUUUCCGGGACAAGUACGGGCCCGUCAAACAUCUGGACACCAAGACCUUCCUGGUCGGCCCCGCGGUCGGCGACACCAUAGAGGUUAAGAUAGAGCGCGGCAAGACCCUGGACAUCAGGACGGUGGCGGUGUCGGAGGACAUGACGGCCGCGGGAGAGCGUGAGGUCUUCUUCGAGCUUAACGGACAACUGCGGUCAGUCUUCAUCAGAGACGAAAACGCCAGCAAGGAAAUGAAGAUCCACCCGAAGGCGGUGAAAGGCGAUAAGAAUCAAGUGGGUGCCCCGAUGCCCGGAACCGUUCUCACUAUCAAAGUGAAGGAAGGCGACAAAGUCGAGAAGGGGCAGCCGAUAGCCGUGCUCUCCGCUAUGAAAAUGGAAAUGAUCGUUCAAGCCCCCAAAGCUGGUACCGUCAAGACCGUCUCGAUUACAAACGGACAAAAACUAGAAGGCGACGAUUUGAUCUGCACUAUCGAAUAACAAUAAUAAAAAAACAACAACAAAAACAUCCGAUGAGGUUAAUGCUUUAAAUUAAAAAACAAAUAUUGAAAAAUUCCUCAAACGCCACGAAACCUUAUCUCCAGUAAUAUUACCUCAACUACAAUUUAAGACAUGAGUGUAUGAAGGCAUAUGAUGCAAUUAGUUAAUUUUUAUUAUAAAAAAUACAAUUUAAUAGUUUUUUUAAUUUUUAAAUAAACUACUACUAAUUGAAUAAGAACUGUCUGAUGAACUCAUCUUUGUUUAAUACUUCACUAUUAAAUUUUAUUGCCUUUUGUUUAUUUCACUUUUACACUAAACACAAUAUUGCAAAUUACCCGAGCACGACAAUGUCGGAGAAUUUUAGGUGCGUGAGUGACUAACGCGCAUGCGCACUUAUCAGUACCCAGGGAGGAAAAGUUAUACUUUCUUUCCUGUACAGCGGGACGAAAACCGAACUUUCGGCGUAGGUAGGAGAAAAAAGUCCCUUCAUCCACUCAUGUCUUCAAUUGUACAAGUUCAUUAGUUUAGAGCCAACGCUUAGUUAUAGAGAAUGUUUGAUAUUAAACAUUCUGAAUGAAAGGCAUUGCGAGCAUUCUCUAAGUUUGUUGAACUAUUUGGUGAACGUAUAAUUUUCAAAAGUGUCUGAAUACCAACGAUGGACUACUCAGCGCUUUAUUUGCGAGAAUCCAUCAUCACGUUUUAUGGCUGUUUUGUAUAAAGACAUCAGAUGUUAACUUGUAUUUAUGUGCUUCGUUUUUAUUUGUGCAUAUCGUCGCAUAGAAGGAUCUGGCAAAAGCGAUCGUUUUUUUUUUUUUUUUUUUUCAUUUGUAUUUAUUCAAAUACACAAUUACUACUGCCGGUUUAUCGAAAAAUGUGGCAUGUCACGUUGAUUGAAAGAUGAUUCACUGUUUACUUCUUUCCCGUGAACUGAGCGCAGCGCGAUCGACUCCUUUGCCAGGUUUCUGCUACACGCCGAUAGAUGCCGCUAGUUUUGCUAAAGCUGAUGAAGGAUAAAUGGAAUGUACUAAUAUUUUACAUUAUCCGUUAGGUACGUUGUUUUUAUUAUACCUUAUUUAAUUAAUUUUAUUGAAUAUUUGCAAUAAUGCUAAGAUUAUUUUGUCCAGAGCAAAACUAAAAAUGUUGCUAUACUGCACAGAUACAAUAUAUCGAGAUUUGUGAUGAUCACUAUACAUAUUAUUAUGAUGGUGCAAUAUUUGUCAUUUUAAAUUCAAAUUUUAAGUAAACGAUACGUUAUUGUUAUACUUGUAAAGUUUAUUUUAUUAAUAUUAUAUAGAUGUUAGUCAUUCCAUGAAAUGUAACAGGGUUAUGAGUAGAGUGGAGAAGUUUCUAGAGGUGUUUUUUUUUUUAAAUAAAUUUGACCAACCAAUUAACUCAUUCAUCGCUAUGUUUUCUUUAAUUCCUACCUUGUAGAGUUAAUUCCGGUAUUGUAAUGUAUUAAACCAUUUUAGGGACUUCUCUACUAUGGAGUGAGAUGUAUUCUCUUAUUUUUAUGUUGGUGCUCAUUUGUUGAUAAAUCUUGUUAUCCCUUUUGCAUAAUGUUUUUAUUUUAUUUAAUAAAAUUUUAUUUAAAUUA